AUGCAGAUGAUAUACGUUGUCUUUGCUAUCAUUGCCUCAGCUUUAUUCCACAAAAGUCAAUGUUAUCCUUCCGGAGCACCGACUUCUCAAUGUGAAAGCAUGACACCAAGUCAUGGGGCUGUUGCCCAAGCAGGAGCAAGUCCGUACAAAGUUAAGGUGAACAGACCGUAUUAUAUGCCAGGAGAAAAUAUCAGAGUUUCCAUCGAAAGUUCGGAUGAUAAUAUCAAAGGCUAUCUGAUACAAGCAAGACAAAUAGGAGGAAACUCAGCGUUGGGAAUGUUUGCAGCGACUCCUGUAAAUGUGAAGCACUUAAAUUGUGGCAAUAACAAGGUAAAAAUUAAAUUAUAUUCUCAAUUAAAGUAG